AAUACUUAUUGGAAAAAGAAGAAUAUAAAGUAUAGGUUAUAAUUUUCUCAGGUUGGUAAAUUAAUAAUAUAAAUAAAUGUUUGAUAAUAGAAACGAAAUAUUAUAUAAAUUAUGAAUGGUAUGUUAUGACAAUUAGAAAAAUAAUAAAUUAAAUAAUGGUUACAAUUCACUGGACUUUUUCUCGAAUUCCUCAAUAUGCAUGUUUCAGUAUUAAAAAUUUCUUUCGCAAAUGUCACUUAGUUUGUCGAUCUCUUACUUAUAACCAUUUCUUGGACCAAAGUUAUAUAGCAGAUGUAUGUAUGGAACCAUUAUUUUGGUUUGUAGAUAAUUUUACUUAUACAAUCGGCCCGAUAUUUGUAGUUUCUGUGAUAGGAUUAACGGUAUCUGUAGUUAUAAUAGCUUAUUGGAUAGGAAUACCUUAUUGGUGGAACAGAAAUCCUAUUAUUUGCAUAUUAUUAUUGAUUGUUGGACAUUGGUUAUUAUUGAAUAUAUCAUUCCAUUAUUAUAUGGCUGUCAUAACUUCACCAGGAUAUCCACCACAGGGAGAAUUGAUACCAGAAGCAGUUAGUAUAUGUAAAAAGUGUAUUUCUCCUAAACCACCUAGGACUCAUCAUUGUUCUGCUUGUAAUCGAUGUAUUUUAAAAAUGGAUCAUCACUGUCCUUGGAUAAACAAUUGCGUCGGAUAUGGAAACCACAGAUAUUUUUUUCUAUACAUGGUAUAUAUGGUAUUGGGAGUAUUGUUUGUCAUUGUUUGUGGAUUUGAUUUAGCAUAUACAGAUAUAUGGUUAACACCUUCGGAUAUAGACGAUCCAGAAUUAGAGGGACAUUCUGUAAAGUUUAAUCAAACAGGAGCUCUUAUACCUGUGACAGAUGUACCACAUUUAGAUAGCUCUUUAUUGGAUGACGAACCCGCUUACAACUAUAUAAAUCCAUGGAGAAGAAGAGCACUUGUUUAUAUGGCGCUUAUAAAUUGUGGAGUAUUACUGGCAUUGGGUAUGCUCUCACUUUGGCAUAGUCAGCUAAUAAGUAAAGGCGAAACUUGUAUCGAAGCGAAUAUAAAUAAAGCUGAAACGGUUCGGUUAAAACAAUUAGGAAAAACAUAUUCGAAUCCUUACAAUUUUGGAAGAAAGAAAAAUUGGAAAAUAUUCCUAGGACUCGUUCAAGGAAGAUGCAUCUGGGGGGAGAUUUGUUGACAUUAAGAAACAUGGCGGUUGAAGUCAUCAACAGUCACUUCAGGGUAUGUUGAUGAAUGGGUAGACACAGGACAGAAAUAGCUAAUAAAGUAUUUAGAACGUGUGGUAGUGCUGAAAUAACAACGGAUCCACGACCAAGUACAUUAAAGUGAAUUUUGGUGCCAGGGAAAAAUAUAAUUUCAACACAAGAAAAUUCAACUGUUGUACUGAAUAGUUCAAGGAACGUGACAUUAUUAUGUAAUAAAAUAUUCUAAGAUUAAACAUCUACCUUUGGUCAUGUGUUUAUACAGUAUCCGAGAAAAAAAUAAUUUCAUAAAACGUGACAACUGAGACUAAAUGUCGGACUUUUUUCCAGUCUGUAAACUUCUUUCUUGGAUGGCAAGAAUAAAUUCGAAAAAAAAACUUUUUCAAAAUGAUCUUUAUUUUUAUUGUGUUUACAUCUGUCUGACCCAAGUCUCGAUCAGUGUUAACAACCUAACCCCUCAAAAUUUCCUUUCUAGAGCGCGAAAUUCGAAUUAAAAUAUAAAAAUGCUCACACAUAAAAGAAAAAUUUAUUUUCAUUUAUUAAACUGUCGACAUAUUAUUUCCAUUAUUUUAGACAUUACAUAGUACAACUUACAUAUAAUAAAUCAUGUACCAUGUAAUGUCUAAAAUAAUGGAAAUAAUAUGUCUCCCCCGCCUUAAAUUUAUUAUUUGUACACUCAGAAACAACCCCAAAUGCGUGAAAAAUUUUUUGGAACGAUUUUUGCCUGGAGCCCCAAUUCGAAAUAAUUACCCAAUAUAAAAAGUAAACUUACAUAACAUGUAUCUUUUCCGCCUUUAAGAUCUCCAGCGCAUACCAUCG